AUGCGCGGAAGGUUCGACGAAGCCGCGUCCCUCGCAACGGCUCCCAGCGCAGAACACGGGGUCCUUGACGGGAAGGAAUCGGCACCCGUGUUUAUCCGCGCGGCUGCGACGGCCACUGCAGCCGCCAUAGGUCUCAGCAUCGUGACUGCCGCGCCUUGCCUCCCAACCGUCUCCCCUGCCUCCGCCGCCGCUUUCAACCGCGUUGCUGACGUGGCGGCGGCGGGGCUGCCGGCGGAGGUUCUGCCGCCGAUCGCGGCGGUGAAUACGGGCGACGUGUGGCCGUCGCUGUACCACUCGGCGCAGUUCUUCUCGUCGUUCCGCCCGCUGCCCGUUCCGAUCACGUUUGACGAAGGAAGCUUCGCGGAUCGAUCGGGCUUCGCCGCGCCGCCGUUAGUGUACACUUACCCCUCUACUGACGCGUCGGUGGAGACGCGUAACGAGCCGCUAACGGCUCGCGCAGUCGCUGAAUCGUCCGCAGUUCCGGCAUCGCUGCCGGUUAGUCUACCGGCUUCACUACCGGCCGCCUUACCCGCUUCUCUCCCGGCCGGAAACUUCGCGUUGCCCGCACCUUCCGCUGCGGUUUUGCGCGUGCCCCCUUCUGGGGCUGCGGUAACCAGUGCGCCUGUGGCGCUCGAAUUUCCCGCCGCUCCCGCCGCGUCCGCGGAUGCGGGGAAGGAAGCGGCGGGUUCCGCGGGCGCGGAUGCGGGCGCGGGUGCUGACGUGGUGUUAGGCGUGAAUGUGUCCGUGCUAAAAGCCGCCUUUGGCACUGUGUUUAAGCUGUUCGGCAUCUGCGCAUUCGUGGUGUGUCUACAGAAGUCGGGCAUUCUACCCAAGUCCACGCCUUCAGUGCUCAGCCAGGUUUCCUUUCGAGUGCUCAUCCCGUGCUUCCUCAUGACCAAGGUGGCCGCCACUCUUUCUGGCGAGUCCCUCUCAGCCCUUGCAGUGCUGCCGCUCAUCGCCAUUCUCCAGGUAUUGGUAGGCACGGUGCUCGGCAAGGCCGCGUGUCUCGUGGCCUUCCACAAGCCCUCGUCGCUGCUGCCCUCCGCUGCUCUGCUUCCCUCUCUUGUCACCGGCAACACCUCCAGCAGCAGCAGCAGCAGCAGCGGCAGCAACAGCAGCAGCAAGAACAACCUAAAGCACAGUGACGGCACCAGCAGAGAAACCCACACUGAGCCUGUUUCCACUGCUGCUGAACCAGCAUCAACGGCAGCAGCAGUGUCAACAGCACUAGCAUCGGCAGAAGCAGCGGCGGCAGCACUGCGAACCAAGGAGUCGGUGGUAACGGCCGUGUGUGCGUUCAGCAACUCCCUCUCGCUGCCUCUGGUCUUCCUCACGGCACUUCUCAGUCAAGUGGACGGCGACAGGGCAGCUGGUUACCUCGCUCUCUUUAUGAUGGGCUGGCAGCCGGCACUGUGGACGAUUGGCUACAGCAUUCUCAAGGACGCGGGCAAACCUGCAGGCGGUGCGAGCAGCAGCAGCACCAAGGCAACUGCCACUAGUGGCGCUGGUCAUGCUGCGGCUGCUGGUGGUGGUGUUGGGGGCGUGCGAGCGUGGGCGAGCAACGCUGUGGAGUGUGUCUCUGGCGUGGCCAAGAAGGUGUUCAACCCGCCCAUGUAUGGGGUGCUCGUGGGGGUUGUUAUCGGCACCACCCCGCUCGGCCAUUUCUUCCUGCCCGCUGCUGCCGAUGCUGCUGCGGCUGCUACAGCCGCCGCUGCUGGCUCAGGCGACCUGCUGUCUUCUCUCUUCGGCCCCGCUACAGCCGGAGUGCUGCACCCGCUGUUUGGGGCUGCAGGUAUGCUCGGGGGAGCAUGCGUCCCAGUCCAAACCAUUGUCCUCUCCUCCUCCCUUGCCGAUGCCCUCCCUGCCAACCUCUCCUGGCCAAAGUUCCUCCCCGCGCUCCCCAACCUGCCCACUCCUCCCAACCCCUUCGCAAACCUCCAAAAGUCCCUCUCUGCCAAAUUCCCUGCCCCUGUCUUCCCUGCCGGUUCCCCCCCUCUAGCCGACCUCCACCACCUCCUCCAAUCCCUCCUCACCCCUUCAUCUUCCUCCUCUUCCUCUUCGCACCCCGCCUCCUCCCCGUCCUACUCCUCCUCUUCCUCCUCUGAUUCCGCCUCCUCACUGUGGCUCCUAGCCCGUUUAGUCCCCCACCAACCCUUCCUAGGUAACUCCGUCCUAGCUGCUUCCUACUCCACUGCUGCUGCGGCUGCAGCCACAGCAUCAGCUGCUUCAGCCUCUGUUAUUGCUGGCGGUGCCUCUGCUGCUGUCCUGGCGAUUCCAGUGCAAGGGAUCGUGGAGAGGGGUGCGGAGGGGCUGGAGAGGGGUGCAGAGGGGUUGGAGAGGGGUGAGGAUGGGUUGGAGAGGGGUGAGGAUGGGUUGAAGCAGGUGCGGUCGUGCGAAGCCGAGAGCAACACCGAGGCGGUGGGAGGGGUGGCGAUGAUGGGGGGUGGGGAUGCGACAGGUGCGCUAGAGGUGAAUGGGCUAGAUGCUUUGGAACUAGAAAUGGACCUGAGCAUGGGACAGGGUGCUGCCAUGCAACUGGAACGACCAAACACUGAUGCUGCUACAGGAACAGCAGCAACAGCAUCAGAAGCAGCAGCUGUUGGGGACGCUGGUGCUGAGGGUUUUCCUGCUGCAGCAGCUGCAGUGGGAGAGGACGUAGCAGCACCUAUUCGCUCUGUCGCCCCCACCACCCCUGUCGCCACCCCUGUCACCAUGUCUCCUGAACUGGCAGCUGCGCUGGCUCCUGCUACGGCUGCCGCCCUCGCCCCUUCUUCCUCCGCUGUGUUCGCCCAUGCAGCAGCAACACCAACCGCGUCACCUCAGUCCAUUGCCUCUGCCACAUCUCCUGCCGCUGCUGUGCCUGCUUCUUCUGCUCUUCCUGCUGCUGUUCCUGCUGGUGGUGGUGGUGCUGCUGCUGCGGCAGCUGCACCUGCCACCGCACCAGCUUUGGCAGGGCCGCAAGCAGAUCUGUUGGACAAUCGGGCAUUGGUCGUGGUGUCACUCGUGCGCCUCCUAGUCUCUCCCAUCGUUGGCAUGACCAGCAUCAUGGCUCUCUACCACGCUCACCUCAUUCCCCAGGACCCUAUUUGUGUGCUUUGCCUCAUGGUAAGAGUGCUGACUGACUCAAUAAGCCCUUCCGUUAAGCUCCAAGACCCGUCCUCUGGCCGGAGUGCUUGCCUCACUCAUGCUUCGACAGUACGCGUUGGCCAUGCUACCCAUCACCAUCUGGGUCACCGUUUUCCUCACAAUCCUCAACAUCCCCAUGUGACGACCAUCGCAAUGUGGCACUUCACCCGCCACUGUAACUAG